AGGAAAAUAUUAACCGAAAGCUUUGAGUGAAUUCCGUGAAAAGUCUGCYCUAAAAUAAUCAUUAUUUCAGAACAAAGCCCCGUGAGAAACAGAUAGAAUAGUAAUAAUAUAACAUGCAGAAUCCAAACGAAGAUACAGAGUGGAAUGACGCUCUACGAAGACAUGGAAUUUUACCCGAGAAGCCGAAGGAAGCCGAAAUCACCGAGGAUGACAUUGUCAACAUGGUUGAAAGUACRAUAAAAGACCGCUUUAAAGAAACUAAAGCCAUUGAAGACAUGACUUUAGAAGAGCUAGAAGAGAUGGAAGAUGAAGAGGACGAGAGAAUCAUUCAACAGUACAGACAACAAAGACUCGCUGAGUUUAAUGCUCAUAUCAAAGCAUCCAAAUAUGGCGACGUAAGAGAAAUCACUGGGCAAGACUAUAUCAAUGAAGUUAAUAAAGCUGGCGAUGGAGUGUGGGUAGUACUUCAUCUGUAUAAAACAGGUUUACCAAUAUGUGCACUAAUCAACCAGUUCUUAGUACARCUAGCACAGAAAUUUCCAACAACUAAGUUUUUAAAAAGUAUAUCAACGUUGUGUAUUCCAAAUUACCCAGACAAAAAYCUGCCAACAAUAUUCAUUUAUCGUAAUGGAGAYAUGAAGAAACAAUGGAUAGGACCUUUUGCUUUUGGUGGAAUGAACCUUAAAAUGGAUGAGCUUGAAUGGAUGUUAUCAGAGGUUGGUGCUGUGGUCACUGAUUUAGAAGAAGAUCCAAGAAAGAAAAAUAAAAUCCACGAUGUUAUGGAAUCCUCUAUAAGACAAAAACCUAGAGAUUCAGAUGAUGAUGAUAGUGAUGAUGAUUAAUAAUAGCACUUACAUGUAAUAAUAUUAUUCAUUUGACAUAGUUGUAUUUUAAAUCUUUUAAUAUGCACCAAAAGAGCUUUUUUAAAUCAAGUAUAUGCAAUGGAAAUACACUUGUUUGUUGCAAGUCAACAAAGGAGU